AUGAGCGAAUUCCUAUACCAUGAAAUCAAAUGUUCAUCAUGUUCAAGAUUGGGAUUUACAGACUGUACCAUAUAUGAUAUUCCUAAAUUCUUGCUAGCGCAAACCAGUAGUAAUGAUACUAGUUGUGUAGAUUUAAUUGAUGAGGCUGACCGACUUCUUCUCACACCAUCUGACUCACACCCUUCAUUCGAAUAUGAAAUGCAAACUGUUUUGGUCGUACUCGAGGAAAAUAACAUAGCCUAUAUACGUAAGAGACAAAAUCAUUAUCUCUCCUUCAAUGAGGCGACUGGUCUUUUUGAGCCAUUGACUGAUUUCACACCAGAGCAGGCAGGAAUGGCUUCCAGAUGGACUGUUUUUGUCUAUCAGACUAAUUUGAAAUUCUUCGAAAUACCAUUUCUCGACAAGACAGUUAUCGAUAUCAGUAACUUUCCGAAACCCAUUGAACCUGAAGAGCACAUAUUUGACAUCGUAGAAAAGCUCUUACCACGUUUCAAACACUCCGUUGACAUAGGACCGCUUGAAGUGAGGCCCAAAGACAUCAGAACCUUGAUAACAGAAAACGGUGAUCUGAACGACUUAAUUAUAGAUGCACAUUUGUUCAUCACCGCAUCUGACGCACCUUCCAAUAAAAAAGUUCUCUCAGUCCCCAGCUAUCUCACCACGAGAAUUAUAAACAACAAAGUUCAAAAACUGCCUAAUAGCUGGUAUGAGUAUGAUUUAAUUCUGUGCCCAAUCAAUCAAAAGCACCAUUGGUAUAUUAUCAUCAUUGACAUUGAACACCAUCUCAUAGUUCAACUAGAUUCGUUGAAAAACCAUGAUUUGCUCAGGCAUGAAAAUUUAACUUGUUUAUUACACGUUCUUAAUGUCCAACAUUACUUUCACACGAGACGAAACAUCGACUUUGAUGCUUCAUGGUGUGUGGCAGCGCCAACUGAACAACCAACAUAUCAGCAACACGAUUCUCAUUCAUGCGGCGUUCAUCUGUUACUACAGACCAAUUCAUACGUAAACGGCCAACAAUUCCACCAAAUACACCACGAAAAUAUAAAAAAGUAUCGUUAUAAAUUAGCCGCCGAUCUUUUACAAAACGCCGAGCCCGACUCCGACGACUCAUCCACUUCUGUAAGUAUCCUCCCAGACGAAACUGAAAUAACUGCUUCAAUCCUCCUAGCUCCUGCAUGGUAUACCAAUGUCCCACCGCAGCAAACAACACCGCAAAUGAAACGACCCAACAUUUCUAACGAUACACCACGCCGGAACACUUUUCCAUGA